CCGUAACUUUUUCGAGGAGCAAAAACAAAUACGAGUGGAGCAGAACAAGUUUUGUUUGGGCCGUUUUGGCUACCGGUACUUCCUUUAGUGAAUAAUAUCCCUAUUUUGACCUGUUUAUUGAUCUUUUUACCAUUUUAAAUAACCUGGGUGACAGUGAGAAAAACCUUGAUAAAGCAGCAAUUUUUAUAAUUUUUAAUCUGUAAGGUGUUGUAGCUCAUUCAAUAUUCGAUAUUGGAUUGAAUUGAAUAGUGGUGUUCUGAACUGUUGGCUGGAGUGAAAGUUUUUUUAUGGUAUUGUGUCAUCUAAUUUGGGGUCUCUUCAAGGAAAACAAGGUUCAUUCUACAUAAAAGCAUUUCCGACCCUUUGGAACUCAUAUAUAGUAUGAGGAGGCACCGCAAAUUUUUAAAAAAAUACUAAAAAAAUAUGUAAAAACAUAAAAGAGUCCUAUUCCUUGAGUUCUAAUUUAAAAAAGAUGCCAGACGAUCACCACGAAAACGGCACAAUGACCGACGCCCCUGCAAAAAACGGGACAAUUGACUCUACAAAAGCAAGAAAAGACUCUUUCGAUUCGACCGAGGCCGACCCCUGUCUAGACCACGACGAAAGGAAAUCUCAAAAAAAGGGCCGUAACUUACCAUUUCUUGAAAAGUGCUUAUCAGACAUUCAAGAAAAAACUGGCUUAUCAAGGCAGUGGACAUUGAUAGUGCUGGGUUUAGUGGCGAUCGUAGUAAUUUUAUUUAUUGUGGUUCUUGGACUGGCUAUUGGCUGGCCAACAACACCUCAUAUGUUUAAGUAUCCUAUUUGUAGAAGUACCGGAUGUUUACAGGCAGCAGCACAGAUUCAAGAAAACUUAGAUAGUUCUGUAUCACCGUGUAGAAAUUUCUGGGGCGCUGUUUGCUCAAAAUACCUGAAUAGUUCGAUACGCCCUUCGGACAGUCCCGUAUGGAAUCAAAAAGAGAUGCUAGUGCAAAAAGAACUAGAGAGGAUAAGGGAUAUGAUAUCGAACCUAGAACUACCGUUGCAUAUAAACUCAGUGGAGUGGAAGAUGAAGCAUUUUUACGAAUCUUGUUUGUAUGUAGAUGCGCUCGCGUCUGAUGCACACGCGCCGUUGACAAAUUUGAUUUCUGAACUAGGCGGGUGGUACAUUCUUCGUGAUUGGACCGAUGUGGAUUUUGACCGUAGGUCGAUUCUAACUCAACUCCACGUUAAAUAUGGUAUUUCUCCAUUUUUCAAAAUCGAUGUCGCUCCUCAUCCUUAUGUGCCUGAUACCAAUGCCAUUAGGAUAUCACCAUCUGGAUUGGGGCUUCCUGAUAGGGACUAUUAUUAUAGGGACUCUGAUGACCCGGUUAUAAUUGCAUAUAUCAGCUAUAUCAGAGACGUAGUAAUCUCUUUAAGCUCAACCCAAAGCGAGGCAGCGAAAUUUGCAAAAGACAUGUUCAACUAUGAAAAACGACUUGCGGAAGUUUAUCCUGACAGAAUCAGUUUGCAGAAUCCCGUUACAACUAACAGUGCGAUAUCGAUAUUCGAAUUGAAAGAAACUACAAGUACGAUUCCAUUUUUUGAUAUUCUUCAAGCAAUGUUCACCGAAGUCACCAUCUCAGAUAACACAGACGUGAUAGUAACAUCGCCUGAAUAUUUGAUGCAAGUAGCUCAAAUAAUAUCAUCAACCGAUAGCACAACGUUAAAUGGAUAUUUGAUAUGGUGUUUGGUGCGAGAAUUCAUACCUUAUUUGUCUGAGACGUAUACGUCCGCCGUAGUUUCUUUUAAUAAUCAGCUAUAUGGAACAUCCAUGUCAAAAAGGCGUCAAGAAAUUUGCACCAGACUGGUCAAAAAGUACAUGCCAUUAGCGGCAGAAUUUCAUCUAGAAAAGACUUACCCUAUUUCACAAAACACCCGAGCAAUUGUAAAUAAUACUUUUAAUGUGAUAACAGAUUUGAUAUUAAAACGGGUGAAUUUUGAUGACACUCUUUUGCUCACGCAACAUUUUCAGGGAAAGCUAAAAUCGCUAUCUCUUAUCAUCGGACUUCCUGAAUCCGCUACCAAAACAAAUUACUUAAAAGACUAUUAUAACAAAUUAAGAGUCUUGAAAAGGAUGCUUUUUGAAAAUAUGAGGAAUGCGAUCGUUUUCGAAAAUAAACUUCAGGAAGUAAUGUUGCUAAACCAUUUGCCUGAAGGGGUCUAUUUAGAUGAAAUUUUAAAAGAAGAGCCAAAAAUUAGAUUUAUACCUUCGAAAAACGCUGUGGUCGUGCCAAGGAGUUUACUUAUGGAACCGGCAUUUGAUGAUGGAUAUCCUAGACCAGUUAUUUAUGGAAGACUUGGCGUAGAAAUGGCCCAGGCCAUUCUAUCAGCAAUUUUGCCCUACGGUAGUCUAUGGGCAGCAAAUAAUAAAGUUCUAUCCUAUUUGCAUAUGGCUGGUAACGAUUCUGUUAAAUUGGUACAACCGAGCCUGACCUGUUUGGCUAGACAUAUCCUGAAGUUGAAUCCCAAUAUACCCACCUCCAGACUGAAUGGAACAGCGCUGACGGUGUUAAAAGAGGUGCUGGCUGUGAAAAUUGCGCAUGAGGCUCUUUUAAUCUCUCAAAAUGAAGAUCAUAGCCACUUUAGCGGCUUGGAACAAUACGAGGAUUCUGCCUUAUAUUUCCUAGCUUUUUCUCAGGCGAAGUGUUCUGUGUCAACCCUUGAGUAUGAUACUUAUAAAAGCUUGGUCUCCUUUAAACUUCCCGCAAUGUCAAGUUUGGAGUUGGCUUGGUCUCAAAUACCCAAUUUUCCUGCAGCCUUUGGCUGUUUCGAUACUAGUAUUAAACAAUGCCAGACAGUUUUUUAAAGUUUUAUAAAUAUAUAUGUUUUGACUUAUAUUUGACCUUUUUCCUAAAGACUUUAUAUUUUUUAAGUUUAUAUUUUAGCGCCAGUGCUUGUAGAAAAAUCUGUUGAUUUUGUGCUUUUUAAAGACAUUAUUAUUUAUAUUUAAAACAAUUUACUGUAUAUUAUUUUUUUUUACAGUUAGAUCACAAAUUUAUCUUAUGUUUUGAAUAAAGCUAUUUUUGUAUAUUA